GCUCAGUUUGCGGGUCCCACUGUCAGCACAGCCAUCAUGCUGACGGGCACCUCAGUGGACCUGGAGAACCAGGAAAAUGUGCCGCCGGGGGCAAAAGAGGCUCCCAAGGUUGCGGGUGCUCCUGGACACCGACUGGCGCUGGGGCUUCUGCAAGCUAAUCAACGCCGCUCCACCCAGCCCCAGGCUCCCCAUAGUCAAAUACCUUGGAGUACAAAUGAUGAGAAUUAUCUUGGUGUCCUCAAUGGUAAAAUGGGAAACAAACAGCCAGCUUUUACUAUCCACUUGGAUGAGCCUGAUAACAGGAGACAAAAGAAACAUAUGUCCAGCAAAAAGAUGUCAUCCUGUGAAGAGACCAUAGGCUUGAAGGCAGUUGUUGCUUCAAUGGAAACCAGAAAACCUCUUACUCCUAUAGAUAAUCCAAUGGAUCUUAGUUCUGGGUCACUGAGUAUUAUGGAUAUGUCAAUAGAAGCAGAACAGAAAAUUAAUGUAAACCAUGUCCCAGAUUAUAUUGAGGAUAUCUAUAAGUAUCUUAGAGAAAUGGAGGUGAAAUGCAAACCCAAAGUGGGUUAUAUGAAGAAACAGCCUGAUAUUACAAAUAAUAUGCGGGCUAUUCUUGUGGACUGGCUAGUGGAAGUUGGUGAAGAAUACAAACUACAAAAUGAAACCUUGCAUUUGGCUGUAAAUUACAUCGAUAGGUUUCUCUCUUCAAUGUCAGUGCUACGAGGAAAACUUCAGCUUGUGGGAACUGCAGCUAUGCUGUUGGCAUCAAAGUUUGAAGAAAUCUACCCUCCAGAAGUAGCAGAAUUUGUUUAUAUCACAGAUGACACUUACACAAAGAAACAAGUUCUCAGAAUGGAGCACUUAGUCCUGAAAGUUCUGUCAUUUGAUCUGGCAGCUCCUACAAUAAAUCAAUUCCUUUCUCAAUACUUCUUACAUCAGCCAGCCUGCUCCCUAGUGGAAAACUUAGCAAUGUAUUUGAGUGAACUAAGUUUAAUUGAUGCAGACACGUAUCUGAAAUACUUGCCAUCAGUAAUAGCUGCAGCAGCAUUUCAUAUAGCAAACUAUGCAAUUUCUGGGAAAACUUGGACGGAUCCUCUUGCUGCAAUGACAGGAUAUACAAUUGAAACUAUUAAGCCUUGUCUCUUAGACCUCCACAAGACCUACUGCAGAGCAGCACAGCAUACACAACAGUCUAUCAGAGAGAAAUACAAGACUGUAAAAUACCAUGCGGUGUCGCUCAUUGACCCACCAGAGACGUUAGAUUUAUUAUAAUAUAAGUGAGAUUUCAAACCUAUAUAUUGUCCAUUGUAAAUGUACAGUUUUAAAUGUGUAGAUUUCAAUCAAUCUGGUAUAUUACCAUAGCUAAUUAUGAGGUUUUAUACUUUUAUAACGUUUUAAUGUAAACUUUUGUACAUGCAAUCUUGUUCUAUGUGCUUAGAUGGCGCCCCUUUAAAGCUGUGCUGAAAAAGACUUAAACCAUGCAGGUAUAACUGCUGAGUGGCACUGUUCAACCUUUUUAAAAUAGUUGACCAGUGUGAGGAUUUUCACUCUAAAAAUUGCAAAUCAAGAUAGUUCAAUGAAAUAUCUGCAUAUAAUAAAGUUACAACAGUAUAUUUCAAAUAGUCAGCAAGUGCUCAGUAGAUAAACUUGAGAAAACUGCUGUGACAUUUUUUGCUAACAACAAGAUCUCUAUUGUACUUGAAGGCUGUAUCAGCUAUUAAGGAUAGUGAUUUUUUUCUUUUUAAAUAUGCCACUUAAGUAGCUUUAGAAACACUGCAUUAAUAGCUUUUAUUCAAACCAGUGAGUCUGGACUGUAAAGGAAGAGCCUCCAAUAACAAGAAGGGUAAAAGUAGUUCCUACCAUUAAAAAAAAAUCUGAUUAAAUUAAAAACCUGCCUUCUGCUAACCUAGUUCAUGAAUCAGACUAACUUAAGGUGUUUGCAACUGAGCAAGCCAAUUUCCUGACCCUCAAAGGAAACAGCCAUGCAAUCAGUGGGAUGAUACAAAGUUCCUACUGCUAUAUGGCAAUUUUAACUAAGUUGCUGGAGGAGCACAUUGCUCUGUAUCCUGGCUUCAGGUGGUUAGGAUCCUUAGGUUGAGUACUUUUUCACUUCUACUCUUGGUAUAAUCUUGAAGUUCAAAAACAAGAUUGAAGCGGUGUGUAUGUUGGGCAAAUACCAGAUUUUAUAUGUUUCAAGAGUUAAAUUUUAUCGAUGGAAGACUUUUAUAUUCAUAUUUGAGAAAAAAUUAAUUCUUAUAAGCAACUAAUGCUUGAAAUGUGCUCCCAGUAAAUAAAUGCAUGGAAAGACCUAAGUGUAACCAUCUAGAAGCUGGCAAAUAAAAUCCUCUA